UGCUUGCAAAAUGGCGGGCGGUUAACGGAGAAAUAGUUUUACUCGAGCCACGUAUGGUACAGUUGAUUGCUCCCCAGUUUCAGGAAUUGCUCCGUUUGUUUGUUAUGCCUGAUAGAAAAAAAUGAGUGAAAGCCUGUUGGAAGGCCUUGACAAAGCUGAGCAAAGACCAUACUCGGGUUGGAAAACAAAUGGCUUUGCCUCAGGUGGUUCUCCGGAGAAUGAUGAUGUUUGUUUGCUAGAUGAGGGUGUGAGUCAAAGUUGUAGGCAAGCUUCACCACCUUCCAAGGAACCUGAGAAAUGUCUGACAGAUGGACACAGAAAUCCUAAGGACUUUGAUGCUAAAAAAUCAUCAUUUAAAAUUCCCAAGAAAGCCAAACCCCAGACAUGGAUUGAAUCAUCAUUCUCUUCAAAAGACAACAUGUUAAGUGAAAGCCCUCAAACAAGACUGAAAAAGCAAGCAAAUAAUCCAAGCACUCCUAAGAAAAGGAAUUUUGAGAAAGAAAUUGGAUAUCGCAUUCAUCGUCAAGGGCAUAUGACUCCAAAAACUCGAGGAAGUGAAGAAGUUGCCACUCCUAGGUCACGAUGGAAACAUACAAGCCCCCCUGGUUGGCGAGAUAAACCAACAUGUACCAGAAAUGAUUUCUCUUCUCAAGUUUCAAAUGCUCACAACGAUGGAAAAUGCAAUGGUUCUGAUCCAGAUGUCCUUACAAGAGCUAAUAUGCAAAAUGAAUGUAGCUCUCUUGUGGAAGAGCAAAAACAUAGUCAUUCAGUUUUGGAUUCCCUCAUGGGCAGUCAGUGCAAGGGCAACCAAUCCAGUACUAACUCUAAUGGUGAAGUUUCAAUUAGUAAUGACACUGACUCAGACAACAAUUUAAGGAAAAAAACAAAACUGGACAAAAGUGCAAAUUUAACAAAUGAUCUGCUCUCUGAUGAAAAUUAUGAAGAUUGCUAUAAAGAUUACUUUUGUGCAAAAUGCUCCACUAAGUUGUCAAAGAACAGAAAUUGCUCACAUUGCAGCAAAGACAAUUUCCCUUCACAAGCAGCCACCCCAAGGAAACCUCUUUCACCGGACAGAUUUUAUAAUGUAUAUGACAGCAAACAUCCAAACGUUCAGCGGACAUAUGGUCGGCAACGGAGAGAUGGAACUCCUAAAUUACUGCAGAAGGGAUCAGUGAGAACAGUGACAUCUGCAAAGGGAUCAAGUAAUGAAGAAUGCCAAACAAAUGUGACUGCAAAGAAGAGAAAGAAUCAGCUGAAAUUAAGCAGCGAAGACUCUGAUUCAGAAUCAAAAGUACAAGCCAAGAGGAAGCGAAAUAUGAGGCAAUCGAAGGUCAUUGCUCCAAAAAAAGUGGAUGUCAUAACAUUAUCAGAUGAAGAAGAGGUUAUAGAAACAGAAGCAAAGCUUGUUGUAGAGCAAUCUGAUAUUUCUCUAAAGGAACUUAGCAACUCUAGUGAUACUGUUGUCUCAGAGUCACCCAUCAAUCAGGAUAAAGAAAUUGCUUUAGAGUCAGGUUACAUGAGCACUAGUGUUUGUUCAGACACAUCCAGCAAAGGAAAAACAUCACCAGAGAGGGAGGGAAAUGCCCAGAAGAAAUCUGAAAAUUUUCAGCCCUAUGUCAGAGAUGAUGGUGAAAUAGAGAUAAUGCUGGGACAGAAUGUGUGGAUUGGAACUUUGGCAUGUAAUUCUACUAAACCAUUAAAGAUAACUCGCUGUGAUGAUGAGAUUUCGUUUGGUAUUGUGAUUGGUGAUAAAAAUCAUGAGGUUACCAUUGUUGAGAAUGACUUUUCUUCUUUGAAGGUUCAUCCUUCUUCAAACCCAGGUCUGAUUGUGUUGGGAGUAACUGCAGGCUACGCACUGAAAUUAAGGGAGAGGAUUGAUCACAGCAGAGGAGCUUUCCUUAAUCCAGGAAGUGCCGUGACAGCUGAAAGGGACAUUGUUCUUGAACUUAGUGAACAUGUGAAGCCAGAGGUGACUGCUGAUUUGGAUGAUUGGGUGACAGAAAAGUUAUCAAAAGAGUUUUCUCAGUUGAGCUUAGAAGAAGCAGAGAGAAUUCGAACAUACAAAACCCAAAGUCAAAAGCAUCAGAAGACACCUGUUGCAACCCGUGAUGGAGGCAGUCGUUCUACUAUUGCUACUCGAUCCAAGACGUACAACACGAGAACAAACAGUGAUAAGAAGCCAGCGGUAGCAGCACAAACGCUUAUUGUUUAUCCUCGUCCUCCUCAACCUGGUGGAAUCACAGUCACUACAGAGGACGUCGCUUGCCUUGCACCUGGUGAAUUACUAAAUGAUGUCAUCAUCGACUUCUACCUAAAAUAUAUAUUUUUUGAGAAGCUCUCACCCGCUGACAGAGAACGCACACACAUUUUAAGCUCAUUCUUUUACAAGCGAUUGACUCAGAGAAGUACCAGUGGCAGUUCCAACACCUCCACCAGCACCUCAGACAGAAUGCAUUCUCAAGUGCGAACAUGGACCAAAAAUGUGGACAUAUUUGAAAAGGAUUUUGUAGUUGUACCUAUUAAUGAAAGCUCACAUUGGUACUUAGCGGUGAUCUGUUUUCCUGGGAAGGAUGGCCAAACUCUUGUCAAUGAAAUCAAUGAUGAAGACGAUGGGAGUGACUCAAAGAAUGAAGACCACGAUAUUAAAACUGGUGAAGAAGCAAAAAAUGGUCGCGAUAACGAUGACGAUGUUCUUCUGCUCCGCUCUCCAUUUGCAAAGGACCGGAAGAAAUCACCCAAACAAAACCAGAGUAAAAGCUUGUCGAAACAGAUCAUCACAUCGCGACCUUGUAUACUAGUUUUUGACUCCUUGGGAUUGACGAGAUCAAGGUGUCUCUUUAAUCUCAGAAAUUACCUUCAGUGUGAGUGGAGAGAACGAAAGAAAGAACCUAAUACAAAGUCUUUCGACAAGGAUGCAGUGAAAGGGAACCACCCAAAGGUUCCCGGUCAAGAUAACCAUUUUGACUGCGGUGUUUACGUGUGUCAAUACGUGGAGAGCUUUUUCACGGAUCCAAUCACAGACUUCUCACUGCCAAUAAAGAAACCAGACUGGUUCUCUUCAAUCCAAGAUAAAAGAGAGGAGAUACGGAAACUUAUAUACACUUUGAAAACUUGUGCAGAGGUCGACAAUGUAACAUAAAAGCUAUCAAAGGAAUACUGAUGACAGAAAACUUAUGUGGGUCAUAAGCUCCGUAUAUGCUCCGCAAGGUUUAUGUAUAGAAAUAACCGACAUCCGUGACCAUGAACGAUUUGGUAGAAGGUUAAAAUAAAAACUUCACUGCUGAUCCAACAUUGAAA